AUGCUCAUACGUUCGAGGAUAAUAUGUCAAUGGGAAUCCUUUUCAAUAUCUCGAUUAAUCCGCUUAGACCCUUGUUCCCUUUUUACAUAUUCAUUUGCCUUGUCAUUGAUUACACAACUGGGAAAUGAUGUUAUAAUAUAUUAUAUUAGAAAUCAAGAAAUUGAUACAAAUUCGACAAUAUCUGAUAAUUCUCAACAGUUUAUGACGAAGCCUGAAUCAACGUGGUCGUCAUUGGAUUUGCAACUGAACAUGGUCGCAUGUUAUUUAAGUGCUAUAUCUAUAAGUUUUAUAAUAACAAGCUUACUAGCAUUACAAGCUUAUUGGAAUUAUCUCAUGGAACAAUUGUCCAGGCGCCAGUUCAUUAGUACUUGGGAAUAUUGGACUUAUUUGGUGCUGGCCAUCUUAUUAAUUCCUGUAUUCCCAAUACUAGCUGCAGUAUUUUCAAUAUUAAAAUCGGAUACAUCUUACCAAGUAGACCUUCCUCAAUUAAUUUCAAGUUCCCUGACUUUCAUUAUAUUUUUACUUGGUUUAAGAACCCAAUUUGGAAUCUCAAAAUUAAUCAAAACUCCUACACGAAAUAUUUCUCAAAACCAAGGAAAAUUAAAAUAUUUUCAAGAUUUAAACGUCUGGUUAAUAAUGUCCUUGUUUCUUUGGUCAAUUAGUUAUGUGCUCUUAGUGAUCGACAAAUUGUUCAUCUCUCAACAAUUUCUUGGUAAUUCCCGAUUUUUAAUUGAUUUCUUGUCCGUAAACGCCAAUUUCGGUAGAUUGUUUGCAUAUAUUACUUUGAUCUUGAUCGUUUAUCCUGAUUUUUCCAUCGAUUCUUCAUCUUCUCCGAAACGACAAAUUUCGAAACCAAUGAAUUUUAUCAAGCAUGAUACUCCAAAUUUAGAUGAACUUAUUUAUCAAUGUCAUACUUCGGUAGACUCUUCAACUACUUCUGAAAAACAAUCCUCAACAAAAUUGUCAAAAAAAAAUUCAAAAAAACUACCUUUAAAAAAAUCAAUAAAUGACGAUGUUCUUCCAAUUUCUCCAGUAAGUCAAUCAAGUUUAAUAGACGAGGCAUUACAACAGCAAAUUGUGGUUGAAUUGACACGUGAAAGGACUGUGGAGCCUGCUUAUAUGCAUGCUUACAUAAAUCCUCACGUACCUCAUAGGAAUAAUUUACAAUCACCUACACCAAGUAAUAGACCUUUUAGUAUUAAUUCAGAUUUAUUAGCUCCAUUACCAAGUCCAAAUUCGGAUUUUGGUGGUAUUAAUAGUAGAGCUAGAAAUAAUAGCAAUCAAGGUAGAUCUUUGUUUUUCCAAAAUAAUAGUCAUCAAAAAAUAGCUCCAGAUAGUGAGGAAAUAAUCAACGGUACACGAUCAGAUCAGAAUAAUAUGAACAGAAUAAAUCAAGGUCAAAAUUUUGUUAGUAUUAAUGUUAAUGAGCAAAAUGAUUCUCAAGAUGUUAAAAGGGAUCAACGUAAUCAGAAGGAUAGAAUUCAUCUUGUUAUUGAUACUAAUGUAAGGAACAAUAUUGGUAAACAGAGCAAUAAUGAAUUCUUAAAUCCAUCAAUGAAAUAUAAGAAUAGCUUUAUUUAA